AUGAUAGAUCCAGAAUUUGAAACAGUAAAUAUUUUAUUAACACAGAGUCCAUGUGGAAAACUUCACGCUGACAGAAUAACAGACGUUGAAGCACUCACCGGCUAUAGAGUUUGUCCAUAUUGUAAAGAAGAAGUUUAUUCUAUCCGUGAUGAUCCAGAAAGGAAAAACCAAAGAAGAUUUUUAAAGCAUUGUGAGAAAUGUAAAGAAAAUAAUGGGAGAUUAAUUCAAGACGUUCAAUUGCAAAAGACACAGCAACCAUAUGCACCACAUAUUACGAAACAGAAGAUAUAUCAGUGGUUAUUAGCUCAUAAUUUGCAGGAAUAUUAUCAACCGACAAGAUAUUAUAUUACUUUUGACUUUGAAACAUUAGAGACUAAAGAAGAAUUACAACUUUCUGAGUGUGCAACUUUGAACGCUUACUUAAAACCAUUCAUGGUAUCAUCAACGGUUAAAUUAAAUGAUAAAACAUAUACGAGGAAUUUUUGCUUAACUUCGAGUGAUUCUUUUAUUUCUGAUUGGAUUGAGUUUUUAUUUUCAACAUGUUCAUUAGUUGCUAAAUCAAAUAUUGAACAAUAUGAAGAAUUAAUGAAGUCGCAAACAUUAAAUGAAAAACAGAAGGAAGCAUUUAAAGAACUUCUAGAUGAGGAAUUCAAUAAAGUGAAUAUCAUAGGUUUUAAUUCGGGAAAGUUUGAUUUAAAUUUAAUUCUUCGUGAUUUAAACACUGCAAAAUGGAAAAUAAAAUCAAUGCUGGGUUCAUCUUCACAAUUUAAGCAAAUCAUUGUAAAGAAAACAAACGUUCCAUAUGAAUUGAGAUUUAUUGACAUCAGAAAUUAUAUAGCGGGUGGGACAUUAGACCAAUUCACUCAAGAUUUCGGAAACAAUAAAUCACGUGUUAAAUCCUUUUUCCCUUAUCAAUUCAUCACAUGGGAAAAUUACGAAGAAGAAUUAUAUAAAGAGGAACCAUUCACGAAAGAUUCAUUUUAUUCAGCAUUAACUCAAGAAACUAUAUCAGAUAGUGAUUAUCAAAUAUAUCUCAAUGAUGCUAAAAAUUUUAAGAAUAGAUUAGAAUAUUUUAUUCAUUAUUGCAAUAAAGAUGUUGAAAUUAUGAUUGACCCAAUGAUAAAAUUAUUG